CUCGGUUGCUUUUCUGCAUCUGGUUUCCUCAAGCCGCGGUUGAUCGUCAAUGCUGCUGCCGUUCGCCUCAGCUUAAUAAAACAGCAGGAAGGGCUCGAGUUAAAUCUUCUUGUUUAGUUCCUGUUACUUCUUUGCUCUUUACUCGGCCCUUUCUUACGCCUACCGAAAGAAGAAAGACAUAGAUCUAGUACAAUGUCUUCGCCUCAACAACGGUUAUCCUCGAUCGCAAGCCAGCUCGCCGGCCCUGGCGCUGCAUCUGCAAAGCAGAAGCUUUUGGCCCAAAACCCUGAUGAUAUCGUGAUCACAUUUGCCACUAGAACUCCUCUUACCAAGGCCAGAAAGGGUGGCCUCAAAGACACUACACUUGAUAACCUUUUGAUCUCAUUGCUCACAUCCAUUCGCGAAAAAUCCAACUUGGACCCCAGCCUUGUCGAAGAUGUCUGUGUCGGAAACGUUCUGUGCCCCGGUUCAGCCUACGUUGCACGCUCAGCAGUAUUGGCUGCAGGAUUUCCUGUGACCGCGGCUGCAUCAGUCGCAAACCGAUUCUGUUCCUCGGGCUUGUUGGCCAUUCAGAACAUUGCCAACCAGAUCAUCGCUGGUUCCAUCGACGUCGGCAUUGCGGUCGGAGCGGAGAGCAUGAGCACCAAUGCCGAUGGAGGCGCGCCGGAGAUGUCUUCCCAAGUUACUUCGCACCCCAUUGCCUCUCAGAAUGCCCAGCCCAUGGGUCAAACAUCAGAGAACGUUGCCGCCCAAUUCAACAUCUCUCGUGAUCAACACGAUCAAUUUGCGGCUAAGAGCUAUCAGAAAGCCGAGCACGCUCAGAAGUCGGGGUGGUUUGAUGAUGAGAUUGUUCCCGUCAAGACUCAGAUCAAGGACCCUAAGACCGGUGAGGUAAAGGACAUCAUUGUGGAUCGCGAUGAUGGGAUUCGUUAUGGAACGACAGCGGAGUCGCUCGGCAAAAUCCGCUCUGCCUUUCCUCAAUGGAAACCUAGCGCUACCACAGGUGGAAACGCCAGCCAGAUCACCGAUGGUGCCGCAGGUUUGAUUCUUAUGAAGCGCUCUCGCGCCCAAGAACUCGGGCAACCCAUCUUGGCCAAAUUCUGCGGCGCGACCGUUGCAGGCCUGGAGCCCAGAAUUAUGGGCAUCGGUCCGUCCAUUGCUAUUCCCAAGAUUCUUUCGAAGUUUGGCCUCUCCAAGGAGGAAAUUGAUAUCUUCGAGAUCAAUGAGGCAUUUGCAUCUAUGGGAACGUAUUGUGUACAGAAGCUAGGCCUUGAUGAGGCCAAGGUCAACCCUCGUGGUGGCGCCAUUGCCUUCGGUCAUCCCUUAGGCUGCACAGGAGCUCGUCAGGUCGUUACUGCUCUAUCAGAGCUGCGCAGACAGAAUAAGAGAGUUGCAGUGACAUCGAUGUGUGUUGGAACCGGCAUGGGAAUGGCCGGAAUCUUCGUUUCUGAGCAUUGACGUAGAUUCGCAAACCGUAAAUAGCCAUAUAACGAUCAACCAAGAUAAUGGACAGCAUUCAGAGGU